GGCGGAGAAUCCGCGAUGGGGGCGGGGAGAGGGCGUGGCUCAAGUCGGAACUGGGCGGGGCUCAAGACGGAACUGGGCGGGGCUCCGAGCGAGAGCGGAAAAAGGAGCGUGGUUAGGCCGUACCUUGCGAGGUGCAAGCCGGACAACGUGCUUGCAAGCAUGCUCCGCUGUACCCGAGCCUGGAGGCUCCCCCUUGAGGGGCUCGGCCCGCACAGUCCUAGCUUCGCGAGGGUGCCUGUCGCACCCAGCAGCAGCGGCGGCCGAGGGGAGGCCGAGCCGAGGCCGCUUCCGCUUUCCUACAGCCUUCUGGACGGGGAGGCAGCCCUCCCGGCCGUCAUUUUUCUGCACGGGCUCUUCGGCUGCAAAACUAACUUCAACUCCAUCGCCAAGGCCUUCGCCCAGCAGACAGGACGUAGGGUGCUGACGGUGGAUGCUCGUAACCACGGUAACAGCCCCCACAGCCCAGACAUGAGCUACGAGAUCAUGAGCCAGGACCUGCAGGACCUCCUGCCCCAGCUGGGCCUGGUGCCCUGUGUCGUCGUUGGCCACAGCAUGGGAGGGAGGACAGCCAUGCUGCUGGCACUACAGAGGCCAGAGCUGGUGGAACGUCUGAUUGCUGUAGAUAUCAGCCCAGUGGAAGGCACAGGUUCCUCCCACUUUCCUGCCUAUGUGGCAGCCAUGAGGACCGUCAACAUCCCAGAUGGGCUGCCCCGCUCCCGUGCCCGGAAACUGGCAGAUGAACAGCUCAGUUCUGUCGUCCAGAACCUGGCCGUACGGCAGCACCUGCUCACCAACCUGGUAGAGGUAGACGGGCGUCUCGUGUGGAGGUUGAACUUGGAUGCCCUGGCCCAGCACCUAGACAAGCUCUUGACUUUCCCACAGAGGCAGGAGUCCUACCUCGGACCAACACUCUUUCUUCUCGGUGGAAACUCCCAAUUCGUGCAUCCCAGCCACCACCCUGAGAUUAUGCGACUCUUCCCUCGGGCCCAGAUACAGACGGUGCCGAACGCUGGCCACUGGAUCCACGCUGAACGCCCACAGGACUUCAUAGAUGCCAUCCGAGGCUUCCUGGUCUAAGAGUUGCUGGCAAGAAGGGGGCUGGGCGCAGUGGCUCAUGCCUGUAAUUCCAGCACUUUGGGAGGCUGAGGUGGGAGGAUCACUUGACACCAGGAGUUCGAGAGUAGCCUGGCCAACAUGGUGAAACCCCAUCUCUACUAAAAGUACAAAAAUUAGCCUGAUGUGGUGGUGCACGCCUGUAAUCCCAGCUACUCAGGAGGCUGAGGCAGGAGAAUCACUUGAACCCAGGAGGCGGAGGUUGCAGUGAGCCGAGAUCACACCACUGCACUCCAGCCUGGGCAACAGAGCAAGACUCUGUCUCAAAAAAGACAAAACAAAACAAACAGGAGGCACAAAACCCAGGCUUCCAGUCCCUGCAGCCUGCUCCACAUUUGGGCACAGAAGGACUCAGACGGGCACUGAGUGGGCACGAGGUUUUACAGGAGUGGUCAGACCUCAGGCUUUAAUGAAUAAAGACAUUACUCUCCAA